AUGGUUGCUUCAGAAAACAAAAAAUUUUUUUAUAAUGACGGAAGUGAAUACACAUUUGAUUUUGAAAAUUUUAUCAAGAAUGAAUUAGGGCUUGGAAAAAAACCCGUAGAUAUUGCAAAAAGAUCUAAAAUAGUUUGUCAAGAUUAUCUUCGAGGAUCUUGUCAUAGAGUUACGACUUGCAAAUACCAACAUAAGAUCAGGAAAGUUGUCGUUUGUAAACAUUGGUUACGCGGAUUAUGUAUGAAAGGAGAUGAGCGAUGCGAUUACUUGCACGAAUAUGAUUUGUCAAAAAUGCCCAAAUGUAUUUAUUAUGCAUUGCAUGGAGAAUGUAAUUCACCAAAUUGUAUUUAUUCACAUAAUGAUAUUGACUGUGAGAGAUGUUCGUGGUAUGACCGCGGAUUCUGUAAAAACGGACCCACAUGUUUUAGGAAACAUGUAAAACAAAUUGCCUGUCAAUUGUACUUGGCCGGAUUUUGUCCCCGCGGUUCUAAUUGUCUCAAUGGACACCCUAAAGCAGCUGCCGACCGUGGAUAUCAAGAUUACUUUUUAUCAAAUAAAGAGAAAUAUAAGAUGAUGAAUUUUAUCAAGGAAGGUUAUGGCAAUAUGUCUGAAGCGUUUGGCGCUCAGAAUCGUACAAUUUCCCCACACAAAGAUUUUUUCUGCUUUAAUUGCGGAGAGAAGGGUCAUUUCGCGAGAAAUUGUCUUGUUUAA